UCAGCCCAUUCGGGGUCUUCACUCCCAGACUCAGCUUCUUCUUCCAGAGUGGUCGGCUUUUAUUCUGAAGGGUGUAACGGAAGUUGUGUUUCUAGUGGGCUAAACGGACACCGCUGGUGUACAGAAGCAGCGUCUCCUUGGGUCAGGUGUGAUGAAGCUUUAGACCCCAGGAGGAUGAUGCUGUCCCACCUCAGAGGGACGUUUUGUGUCCUGAGUGCUGGAGUCCAGAGGGCCUGGAGCGGCUCCAGCUGCCUCUUCAUGGACCCGUCCAGUCCUGGGUUGGUCCUCCAGUCUCAGUCCACUGAUGUGUUCCAGAACCUGGCGCUGGAGGACUGGAUCGACGCCCACGUUGACCUGCAGCAGCGCAGCGUCCUGCUGCUGUGGAGGAACCGGCCCGCCGUCGUCAUUGGCCGCCAUCAGAACCCGUGGGCCGAGUGCAACCAGCCAGCCAUGAGGAGCGCUCAGGUGCCUGUGGCCAGGAGACGCAGCGGUGGCGGGACAGUCUACCACGACCUUGGGAACCUCAACCUGACCUUCUUCGCUUCCAAGAAGGCGUAUGACCGGCGGAGGAACCUGAAGGUGGUGACGGACGCCCUGCGGAGAGUCCAGCCGCAGCUGGACGUCCAGGCCACGGACAGAUUGGACAUUUUACUGAACGGAAGCUACAAGAUCUCAGGCACAGCGUCCAGACUCAGCAGGAAGUCCUCCUACCAUCACUGUACCCUCCUCCACUCUGCAGACCGCUCUGCCAUUGCCUCUCUGCUCCGCCCCUCCUGUCCCGGUAUCCGUAGCAACGCCACACCCAGCGUCCCCUCACCUGUGGCCAACCUGACAGACCAUGCCCCCUCCCUGCAGUGGGAGGAGCUGCUGGAGGCUGUGGUGCAGCAGUACAGCUCAGCAGAGUUUGGCCUCACGUCUGCGUCCCAGUGCGUUGACCCAGCAGACGAGGCUCUGUUUCCGGGCGUGGCCAGCAUGGAGGCGGAGCUACGCAGCUGGGAGUGGACGUUUGGGAAGACGCCAAAAUUCAGGAUGGAGACGGAGCUGGAGUUGAGGGACGAGCGGCCGGAGGCUCGCUGCAGCGCUCAGCUCCAGCUGGAGGUGAAGAACGGGCGGGUGGAGAGCUGCCGGGUGGAGGUACCGGCCUCCUGGCUUCCUGAGCGGCUCAGCGCCUCCCUGGCCCAGGUUCUGCUGGGAGAACGCUUCUGUCCUCACAGGGCCGCCGCUGCUCUGAGCGCGCUGCUGCGCUGCGAGAGCGGGCCGCUGCACAGCCGCCUACACAACCUGUGUGACGUCCUAGUGGCUGCCAUGGGCUGAGGACUGAUGCCCCCUGCAGGCUGCUACUGUCAUUACAACAGUCAGACACAACAAGCUCCACAUACUGUGGCUCCUAAACUGUUUUAACCAGGAUACAAUCAUAAAAAAUGUGUACGGAAGAAGAUUAAGGCUGAUGAAAGCAAAAGAGUACACACUUUAUUCUUAAAAUUAUGGUUUUAAUCUCAAAAUUCUAGAUUUACGUCUCAAAAAAAAAGUGAGAAUUCUGACUUUAAUUUCAUAAUUCUGACUCUAAUCUCAAAAUUAUUUAUUUUUUCUCCAAAUUUGAUAUCGAUCUCUAUUUUUUUUUUCCCCAGAAUUCUUUCCAUCUAUCUUUCUUUGGCCCUAAUCAUCUUCCGUAUACUUAAGAAUGAAUUCAAGAAGAGCUUUAAGUAUUUUUUUCUAUCACACUAACAUUAGUCUGACCUGAUAUGAGACUUAUUAUGGGCUGCUGUUUACAUAAAAAAAUCUUAAUAACCAAAGUUUAAAUGUGUUUGAAAAUAAAGACUAUUUUUACA